AGGAGGCUGUAAAUGAGGAAAUGGAGGAGAUGAUGGCCGUAUUUCUUGAUGCUAGUAGGUUCAGGAGGAGCGUGAUCACGGAGAUUGUGGGCGCAACCAACGUUUACCAGGGUGCUCUGUUCUUUGAAGCUUUAUCCCAAUUCCUUGUGCUGGGUUCAGACUUCAGAGACCCCAUAUUGCUUGGUGAAUUCCAACGAUGCAACAUGCCUAUAUUUCGCUGAUAUUUAUGUGCUCUGGAUUUAUCUAUUUUGCACAAAAGGAUAUUCAAUUCCUUAUUCAUGACCUGCAAAUUGUUCUCCUGAGACCUGAGCUAUGAAUUGAAUUCUUCCGUUGUUUUAGAAAUGUUAUGUUUUUUCCUGGUAGUAUUUUACAAUUACAAUUCAUUUUUUAUGUAAACUUCAACGCCAUACCUACACCACAUGAUAUAAGUUUACAUUCUGCUAUUAAAUGCAUAAAAAGUAU